CAGCGACCGGAAGUGAUGGACGAAAAGAUUCCGGAGCAGCGCGAGAAGUAGGGUACGAAGCAGGCAGCGGCAGGACAGGUGGAUUCAUGAAUGAUCGUGGCGAGAAGCGGAAGGACAGAAACUUGUGGCCUUCUCCCUCCCUGCAUAGGACAUUGAUGAGUGACAAAAGAAUGGCUCAUGUACACAGCAACACACAGCGCCGUCUCCUUGGCUGCAGUCCUAUUUCUGGGUUAGGACUUCUGCAGACUGCAGCAAGCAAAAAGCUGGAGAUGUUAAGUGCUCGCCUUUCCCGUAGUUUGCAAAAUCAAGAACCAGAGGAGGAAGAUAUUGAAGAUGAUGAUGAUGACAGUGACGACGAUGAUGACGAUGAAGUAGAAGAAGUAGGGGAUGUGGGGAUAUCCCAAAGUCCGAGUUGCAACACUUUGAGUCAACAGAAAGAAAUAGAGAAAGUUUCCUUGCUCUCCCAGGCCAGUAAAAGCCAUAAAAAGGCUGUCCUUCCAUUGGAGAACGAUUCAUUUUCUCUUGGCAUACCCAAGAAUUUUAUAUGUGAACAUUGUUUUGGGGCCUUCAGGAGUAGCUAUCACCUCAAGAGGCAUUUGUAUAUCCACACAGGAGAAAGACCAUACGAGUGUGACAUGUGUGACAUGAAGUUUAUCCAAAAGUAUCACUUGGACAGACACAAACGGGUCCACAGUGGGGAAAAACCUUACCAGUGUGAACGAUGCCAGCAGGCCUUUUCACGGACUGACAGACUUCUGAGGCAUAAACGAAUGUGCCAAGGUUGCCACUCCAAAAUUGUGAAGACAGAAUAUGUGGCGUGAAUUGGGAAUAUUUGCAGGUGCACAUCCAGCAACCCAUCUCUAUCCCUUAGAAUUGAUUGACCCCAAGUUUGAACAUUUCUCAACAUUUCAUGACUCUCGCAAAAGAAGACUGUUUUCUUUUGAUGGACUACUUCUCGUCUACAGAAGAUCUAGCCACGUGGACAACUCAACAUCUUUCAAGAAAGCAACAUUUAAUCUCAACACCUUGAUACUCAGGCACCCAGGAUGGUUCUGUCAACAGCUAUAUGUAUUGUCCUUGGUGUGUGUGUGGGUAGGUGGGUCGGGGUGUUCACGAUGGCAUCAUUCUGAGGAUUUCCUGAGGAGUCAAAAUGCAUUUUACUGUACAGUUUUUUUACAUAAUAUUUUUAACUAUACUUUGAAAGAAGCAGUUCAUCACAAAUAAUAAUAAAAAAAAAAGUCCUGUUACCUUUUUCCCUUCUAGAAAAUAUUGCUUAGUUUAAAAGAAAAUCUAUCUGAGGGUUUCCAUGAAAAUCUAUUUUCUCUGAGAGUGAGAGAAGCCUGUGUACUUCAGCCGAAAACCAUGAAAUCUCACCUGAUUUACAAGCUGUACCAUCCCUUUUAAGGUACCCUGUCUUAUUGCCCCCAACCUCUUUCUGAUCCCAUUGGGGAGAGCUCCUGGAAAUUGUAUUUGAAAAGCUCCAACAUAUGCAUUUCCAGAUUAUGUUGCAUAUGGAUUGUAAGGUGUCAUAAAUAGUGUCUCUCAUAUAUAUAUAUAUAUCAUAAAAUAAUUGCAAUUGCAUUUUUAACUAACCUAUGAAUAUGUUUGUUAUAUGAGUUUACUAACCCCACAAACCGAAAUCUAAAAGGCAACUUUUUUUUUCUGUAGAAAUUAUAGAAGAGUCCUGAAAAAUAUGGAAAAUAUUGUUGCCCACCUUUUUAACUGAUUUGUAAAAUUAACACAUUGAAUUUUUUAGUGCAUUAUUAUUAUAAUUCAAUUAACAUUUUUAAUUUGAUUUAAAGAAAUCCAAACCAAUUGUCUAUCUUAUAAGAUGUGUAGUUGUGUAAUACAUGUUAUGAGAUAAGCUAGAUGGAAAUGUUGAAUGGAUUUAUCUAAAGUCAUUGUUUUUUUAUUUUGUUUAUUUUAGUACCACACAGUUCAAUAUGCUUGUACAUAAUUUUUUAACUACUAGUUAACUGCCUUUCAGUUCCCUGAAUCAUGAGCCAGUUAUUUUGGAUGUAAUUCUUGGCAUCUUGCUGAGAUACACAUAUUUUUCCCUUUUCUUAGCCAAAGUUACUGCGUUUUAAGUCCCUCAAUGAAUUUUUCUUGAAGUGAACUUGUCUUCCAGAAAUUUUGUGGAAACAUCAGGUAGGAAUAUACAUUAUGCUUGUAAAAUUACCAUCAAAUGUAUAGAUACAAAUGUAUACUUGUCUGAGAUUCGCUUCUUUCAUAAACAGCAUGGUACUCCAUUCUAAUUUAGAAUACCACAAUUUCUAAUGUGCUAUGCUGAUUGCAUAGUGGUGUAUCCCAGAAAUUAAAAUGAGCAAAACACUUAUAAAUAUUUUUUUCCCAAGCAUAAUCGCGUUGGUACUUAACAAUUAAGUAUUUGCUUCAUAGAUCUUACCUUGGCUGAUGGACAGGUACUACUCCUCUGGACCUGGGAGAUUAAAAAAUAAAACCUAAGUCCAGCCGCUUCUUAAACUAAAGUGGGGCAAAUACCCACUUGUGAAUACUGCUGUUAAAAGAAUAUGCAGUAAGUAAAAUGACAGGCUACAUCAACAUAUUUGCUAGUCAUUUGUCUAGCACUAUGUAUGGAUGGCAUUUAAUGCUCUUUAAAAUGAAACCAAGUCACUAUAGGCAAACUUUAAGUCUAGUUUUAGUCGCAUAUGAAAUUUAACUGUUACCAAAUAUUUUUAAUAAACAUGGUCUAUUUUCAUACUUGUGUUUCACUAUUGUCCCAUUUUAAUCAAUAGGCACAUGGUGACAAGUAUGUCAGUUGUCCUGCUCUGCAUUACAGCUUAUCUGUAGGUAUGUGACGACUACACAAGUGUACAUCUUGGCCAAUCAGCACUGGAAGUCAUUGAAAAAAUCACUUAAUUGUUAGAUCACGUGCUCAGGUUAUAUCUGUCAGUUCUAUAUAAAAGUUACUCACUGUGUAACAGUCAGUGACACUUGGAUUAACCACGAUGCUUGGCAGUGAAAAAGUCCUUCCACUAGGAAAGUAAAAAAAUAAAAAAAAUUCUAUUGAAAAAAAUAAACCUUUUGCAUCAAUUACCAAAGCACAAAAAUACUCUUAAAGUGUGUUGGGUACACUUAUUACUAGCCAAUAUAAACCAUCUUGGAAUAAGUAAUCAAGAUAAUUUCGCAUGCCAGUAAAUUUUGUGAAAGAAGAAAAAAAAA